UACAGAGGUUGCGAAGGUUAUGGAAGUUACGGAUCCAUUCGACGUGAUACAACAGCUUUUCAGAGAGGUUGGAAUCUGGAGUUCGAUGCGAUGAAGGUGGCAAAGACGAAAUCUAUGGAUUUUCCGGCGAUUAAUAGAGACUCGCGGUCGUCGUCGUUCGAUCAACAGACGAUGAAAUCUAUGGAUGUUCCGGCGGUUAACAAACUGGAGUCGCGAUCGUCGUUCGAGAGUGACAGUGCUGUGUUGAUGGAAUAUUUGACUGGUGGACUCCAAAAAUUCCUUGCAUCGAGGAGAUCUGCCAUGAAUGAUAAUCGGAGUAUGAUAUCAGGGAAGGAGAAAUUGGCCUCAGGAGUGAUAGAUGGUGACCUGCGAAAGAACGAAGCUCCGACAUCUGUGACAUUUCAUUCUCAGGUAUCGCUUCAGAAUCUGGAACAGAACCGGAAGGAUUCUCAAUUAGGUUAUCGAGCUGGUGUGUUGAAUGUUGAAAGUAGUGAUCAUAUUAUCAAAAAUGCUGAGAUGCCUGUGUUUGAGGACUUGCCUAUGUUUGAUGGAGCAAAUCCAGAAAGUUGGAUUGUGAAAGCUGAUCGGUUCUUUCGUCAUUAUGAAGAUGAUGCAAAACUAGACCUCAUUUUUCUGUAUUUGGAAGGAGCUGCUCGUCGAUGGUUCUAUUGGGUGAGGCGCAGAACGAAAUUCAAGGAUUGGAGUGACUUCAAGUGCAAUUUGUUGGCUCAAUUUGGUCCUGCUCCGAGUUGUUUUUCAGCAGCAGUGAACCAGAAAGAGUUAGUUUCCGAGCUUGUUCCUGAAAGAGAAUUGUUGAAGAAGACAGUAACUGUGGAAGUGAAUUUGAAAGAAGAAUCACCUUCUAGCAAUGAAGAUGUUCUUGAGGCAGAAGUGGGGACGAAAACAGCAUCGCCAUGUGUAGAAGAAACUAUUGUUUGUCAUAUCCCUAGUUGCUCUUCCCCAGAAAUGAUGUUCAAGUCAAGCUUAUUUCCUACGGCUGAUCAAAAGACAGAAGUAAAGGAUAAGAAAGACUCAACUGAGAACAUGGAACAAAAGACUGUUGUAGAGAGUGAGAUAUCAAUCACUGCUGGUGUGGAGAAGGCUGAUUCGUCUUUGGUGAAAGUUCCAAGUUGUUCUUUGGUGAAAGGGACACAGCAUGAUUCAUUGAUGUCAUGCAAGUUUUCUGUUCUUAAGCCAAGAGUUGUGCAGGAGAGGCAGCCGCCAAGUACAGAAGAAACCAAGGAGAUAUCUUUUCCAAAAGCUGCAGAGUUGCCUUACAACUGGACUACGGUUUUGAAACCUGCAAUCAUGAGUGAAAGUUUUGAGUACUAUGAUGGUAGAAUAUUUUCUGUGUUGCAGCCAAGCUCGUGUACCAAUCUGGUUUCAUCUGAAGUUUACUGUGUUCAGCAAAGUGUUACUCAAGUUAGAAGUAUAACAAGUGAGCACCACCAGAGGAAGUUCUAUAUAACACGGAAGUUUAAAUACAAGUCUAGAAUGCUGCAGCAGUUUUGGAAUCAUAGUGAACAGCUGGAAGUAGUGGAGUGUUCCAAUGUGACAUCCAUCAGUCCUUACAUAAUUUUAGAAGAGAGUGUGGCAGUGGUGAUAAGGUGGUUACAAGGGAACACGAGACAUGAUUCCCAAAGCAUGAAAAGACUUAUUCUGGGUGAUAUCAAGUCCCACAUAUGGCAUAAAUGGAGAUCUAAGCCAGAGAAUUUGAUGAACAUGUCGGAAGCUAUGACGUUUCGAGUGGUAACUUCUCAGCUUGUGCAAGAUAUGAUACCUACCAGUUCUACACUCUUUCAUUGAUGAUGAAUCUUGAUGGCUCUCUUGCAAGGGGAAACUCAUGAAAUAGUAACCUAUUCUUAACAUUUUGUUGGAGAUUGAAAAAUAAUGUAAACAACAAACUGUCAACAUACAUAAGAGAAAAAAGGAAAUGUAGAUUAAGGAACGCUUCUCAUAGACAAAGCUAAAUUAUCUCUGUAGCUUUACAACAUUGAAGAGCUUGAAAAUGAAGAAGUUUAAGCAGACGCUGCAGGUUCUGAAGCAGCUGCUUCAGCUGCAGCAGCUCUCUUCUUAGCAAAGUAUUCAUCUGCUCGUGCUUGGUUCUUAGCAACAGAUGGCUUCACCCAUUUCUUUCUUCCGGGCAACACAGUGAGUGUACAACCUGAAG